CCUCCCUUCCCGCAGCUAAGAGCCCGAUGCCAGUAGCAUGGCUCAAUACUCUACACAGCCCGGAGUGUCUGCCACGCAAAACUGAGGAGGGAGAUCGAGAGGGAGAGAGAGAAGGAGAAAAGAAAAAAAGAUAGAAAAUCCAGGCUGUGAGGAAAACUUUCUUUGAGACAAUAACUAGAGUGCAAGGUUUCCAUCCUGUCCCAUAUGUGCAUCUCUGCCCGCCCUUCCCGGGUAAACAGGAGGCAUUAAACAGAUCUCUAGACGACCACAAACGCAGACUGUGAACUGGUGGACAUCCCUCUGAAGUGAUCUGAGGCUGAUUUCCACCAAUCCAGGAAAAAGGACAAAAUAAACUUAAGGAUGGCGGAGGGUGAGGAUACGCGGGAGGUGCUCUUCCCAAACUGGAUGGGUGCUGAUGAGCAAGGUCUAACCAUUGAGCGGACAGGCCAGGGCGAGAUCUUCGUCAAAGAGGUGAAAGUGGAGUCUGCGGCCGCGCGAACAGGAAGAGUGUAUGAAGGGGACCAGAUUGUGGGUGCCACCAUCUACUUCGACAAUAUGAGUUCAGAGGAAACGGCUGAAUUGCUGAGAAACCUGAAUCGGCACAAAGUUGGGCUAAAACUACAGAAUCGUCCUGGGGAGAAGUCGCCAUGCCGCUCUCCAGUAGGCACCUUAAGCUGGGAAGGAAGAGGCAGGAUUGGCAGUUCUAGUCCAGACGUUAUUCUGAGUGGGGAUGAUGAGGAUUACAGAAGAAUUUACACCAAGAAGAUAAAGCCCCGGUUAAAGUCAGAGGAUCUGGCAGAGGAAGUGGAUGUACGAACGGAGCGCCAUAGCAGUACCAGCAGUGAUGGCAGCACAAUCACUACCAUCACACGGCGAAUUACAACAUACACUGUGGAUGUACCUGGGGAGGCUUCCCAGCAAGAAAUUGACCUCUCUAGCCCAGAGUUUAAAAUUAAAGUUCCACGACAUGACCAACCAGGAGAAGAUGGUAGCUACACCACUCAUGUCUUGGGACCUCAGAUCAGCUUUGGAACAUCUGGUUCCUCAGAAAAGAAAUGGACCAUGGGGAGUGUGAAAACCACAGGUGAAAUCAGGGAAGGAGAAAGAGAAGAGGUGAGAUUUAAGGUGCCUGGCUUUGGCAUUUCAGGGACACAAGAGGAAUUUAGUGUUUCUGGGAAGACCCUGGUGGGAGAUAGCAUCAGGGCUCCAGGUAUUAACAUAGAAAAAGGUGUAUCAGUUUCAGAUGAGGAAUUGAGAGGGCGAGUCAAGCUAUCAUCUUUUGGGAUAACAGGUCAGAAUACUGAAGGAAGAUUGAACACUGACAUGACUGGGUCGAUAAUAAAAGAAAUGAAAACUCAGACAAUUGACAUUAAUGUUCCAGAUAGCGAUAGGCAAAGUGAUAAGGUUGGAAUCAAAUUGCCUGCUUUUGGGUUCAAAAGUCAUGACGUAGCAACAAGUGGAAUUAUAGAUACUAAAGGGUCAAAAGGUGAAAUUGGCUUACAGUCAUUUUCUGGGAAAGGUACUGAAACUGCUGGUCUUGGAUUUGAUGUAAAGGGGCCAAAGAUUGACAUAACUUCACGGCCAAAAGGAGACAUCACAACUGCAAAAACAGACAUUAAGGCAAAGGAUAUAAAAAGUAGCGAAGGAGAUGUUAAUAUCAGAAUAUCAGGAAUGGGAAUGAAGAUAACCAGCCCAGAAAUAAAAGAACCAAAAAUGACUGGUGGUCUAGAUUUCACCAGAGCUGACAUAAGCACCAACAGCAGAGCUGAUAUAAAAGGUCCACAGUUAGAUAUUCUGCAGCAAGAGAGCACUGUCAGAAUCCCUUCCAUACCUGGAAGUACAAUAUCUACAAUAGGUGCAGAUGCUUGCCUGAAAGGGGAGACCUUAAGAAAAGAUACAGAAAUGUCAUUAUCGCAAAUUGAAGGUGGAAUCAGACUGCCAAAUGUCGGAACUCCUGAACUCAAUGUUAAAGUGCCCGAUAGUAAUUUCAAAGAAACUAAAAUGAAAAUCUCAGCACCAUCUGUAAGUCUUCUCAAAGCUGAGGCCGACCAUAAAGGCCCUAUACUUGACACUGAAGAUCAUGAAUUUCAAGUCAAGGGACCCGAUGGACAAAUAAAGAGUGCUAAAAUCAAGAUGCCAUUCAUUUCUGGGCAAAAGCCAUCAAUGCCAGAUGUGGACAUCAACGUUAAAGGGAGACAGGUGAAAGGAGAGGUCAGUGGGUCUGUACCAAAUGUGGAAUGUGGGAUAAGAGAACCACAUUUUAAAAUUGAAGGUAUGGAUGUCAAGAUUGAGGGAUCUGAAGGUGGAAUUAAAAUGCCCAAGAUAAAAGUGCCUUCUUUUGGGGUGAAGGAGCCCUAUGAGGGGAAAUCCUCAAUUGAGAUGAAUGUCGCUGGAGUUGAUAUAGAUGUUGGACGGCCUAAGAUUGACCUUAAAGGCUCAAAAGUUGCCAUUGAAGGAUAUGAUGGAAAAAUAACAAUGCCAACAAUGUCUGGGCCAAAAAUUUCAAUGCCAGAUAUGGACCUCAACCUAAAAGGGCCAAAACUGAAAGGUGAUCUGGAUGUGUCUGUAGCAAAGGUAGAAGGUGACAUCAAAGCACCAAAAGUUGACAUUGGAGGUCCAGAUGUUGAGGGAGAAGGACCCGAAGGUCGGUUCAAGAUGCCAAAGAUAAAAAUGCCAAAAUUUGACGUUAAAGGACCCAAAGUAGAGGGUCCUGAUGUGAAUGUGAAUCUACCCAAAGCUGAUUUUGAUAUUAAAGGUCGUGAAGUUGAUAUUGAAGGACCUGAUGGCAAAAUCAAGGGGCCGAAAUUCAAGAUGCCGACCCUUUCUGGGCCACAGAUUUCAAUGCCGGAUGUGGACUUCAACCUGAAAGGGCCAAAGCUGAAAGGAGACAUGGAUGUGUCAGUACCAAAAUUGGAAGGUGAUCUUAAAGCACCAAAAGUUGACAUUGGAGGCCUAGAUGUUCAGGUGGAGGGACCUGAAGGUGGAUUCAAAAUGCCCGAAAUUCACAUGCCCAAGUUGGGAUUUAAAGGACCCAAAGUAGAGGGUCCUGAUGUUGAUGUGAAUCUUCCCAAAGGCAGCAUUGAUGUGAAAGCACCUAAAAUUGACAUUGAAGGGCCUGACGUUGAUAUUGAAGGACCAGAUGGAAAAAUAAAAGGGCCGACAUUCAGGAUGCCAAAAAUUUCUGGGCCAAAGAUUUCAAUGCCGGAUGUGGACUGGAAGCUAAAAGGAUCAAAGCUGAAAGGAGAUAUGGAUGUGUCAGUCGCAAAGGUGGAAGGUGAUAUCAAAGCCCCAAAAGUUGACAUUGAAGGCCCAGGUGUUCAGGUGGAGGGACCUGAAGGUGGGUUCAAGAUGCCCAAGAUUCAUGUGCCGAAAUUUGGCCUUAAAGGACCCAAAGUAGAGGGUCCAGAUGUUGACGUGAAUCUUCCCAAAGCCGAUGUUGAUAUUGAAGGUCCCGAAGUUGAUAUUGAAGGACCUGAUGGAAAAAUCAAGGGGCCGAAAUUCAAGAUGCCAAAAAUUUCUGGGCCAAAGAUUUCAAUGCCGGAUGUGGACUUCAACCUGAAAGGGCCAAAGCUGAAAGGAGACAUGGAUGUGUCAGUACCAAAAUUGGAAGGUGAUCUUAAAGCACCAAAAGUUGACAUUAAAGGCCCAGAUGUUGACAUUGGAGGGCCAGAAGGAGGGUUCAAGAUGCCCACGAUUCAUAUGCCCAAAUUUGGCUUUAAAGGUCCCAAGUUAGAGGGUCCAGAUGUUGACGUGAAUCUUCCCAAAGCCGAUGUUGAUAUGGAAGGUCCCGAAGUUGAUAUUGAAGGACCUGAUGGAAAAAUCAAGGGGCCGAAAUUCAAGAUGCCAAAAAUUUCUGGGCCAAAGAUUUCAAUGCCGGAUGUGGACUUCAACCUGAAAGGGCCAAAGCUGAAAGGAGACAUGGAUGUGUCAGUACCAAAAUUGGAAGGUGAUCUUAAAGCACCAAAAGUUGACAUUGAAGGCCCAGAUGUUGACAUUGAAGGGCCAGAAGGAGGGUUCAAGAUGCCCACGAUUCAUAUGCCCAAGUUUGGCUUUAAAGGACCUAAAGUAGAGGGUCCAGAUGUUGAUGUGAAUCUUCCCAAAGCCAAUGUUGAUAUUGAAGGUCCCGAAGUUGAUAUUGAAGGACCUGAUGGAAAAAUCAAGGGGCCGAAAUUCAAGAUGCCAAAAAUUUCUGGGCCAAAGAUUUCAAUGCCGGAUGUGGACUGGAAGCUAAAAGGAUCAAAGCUGAAAGGAGAUAUGGAUGUGUCAGUCGCAAAGGUGGAAGGUGACAUCAAAGCCCCAAAACUUGACAUUGAAGGCCCAGGUGUUCAGGUGGAGGGACCUGAAGGUGGGUUCAAGAUGCCCAAGAUUCAUGUGCCGAAAUUUGGCCUUAAAGGUCCCAAGUUAGAGGGUCCAGAUGUUGAUGUGAAUCUUCCCAAAGCCGAUGUUGAUAUUGAAUGUCCCGAAGUUGAUAUUGAAGGACCUGAUGGAAAAAUCAAGGGGCCGAAAUUCAAGAUGCCAAAAAUUUCUGGGCCAAAGAUUUCAAUGCCGGAUGUGGACUUCAACCUGAAAGGGCCAAAGCUGAAAGGAGACAUGGAUGUGUCAGUACCAAAAUUGGACGGUGAUCUUAAAGCACCAAAAGUUGACAUUAAAGGCCCAGAUGUUGACAUUGGUGGGCCAGAAGGAGGGUUCAAGAUGCCCACGAUUCAUAUGCCCAAGUUUGGCCUCAAAGGUCCCAAGUUAGAGGGUCCAGAUGUUGAUGUGAAUCUUCCCAAAGCCGAUGUUGAUAUUGAAGGUCCCGAAGUUGAUAUUGAAGGACCUGAUGGAAAAAUCAAGGGGCCGAAAUUCAAGAUGCCAAAAAUUUCUGGGCCAAAGAUUUCAAUGCCGGAUGUGGACUUCAACCUGAAAGGGCCAAAGCUGAAAGGAGACAUGGAUGUAUCAGUACCAAAAUUGGAAGGUGAUCUUAAAGCACCAAAAGUUGACAUUGCAGGCCCAGAUGUUGAUAUUGGAGGGCCAGAAGGAGGGUUCAAGAUGCCCAAGAUUCCUAUGCCCAAGUUUGGCCAUAAAGGUCCCAAGUUAGAGGGUCCAGAUGUUGAUGUGAAUCUUCCCAAAGCCGAUGUUGAUAUAGAAUGUCCCGAAGUUGAUAUUGAAGGACCUGAUGGAAAAAUCAAGGGGCCGAAAUUCAAGAUGCCAAAAAUUUCUGGGCCAAAGAUUUCAAUGCCGGAUGUAGACUUCAACCUGAAAGGGCCAAAGCUGAAAGGAGACAUGGAUGUGUCAGUACCAAAAUUGGAAGGUGAUCUUAAAGCACCAAAAGUUGACAUUGAAGGCCCAGAUGUUGACAUUGGACGGCCCGAAGGAGGGUUCAAGAUGCCCACGAUUCAUAUGCCCAAGUUUGGCUUUAAAGGUCCCAAGUUAGAGGGUCCAGAUGUUGAUGUGAAUCUUCCCAAAGCCGAUGUUGAUAUUGAAUGUCCCGAAGUUGAUAUUGAAGGACCUGAUGGAAAAAUCAAGGGGCCGAAAUUCAAGAUGCCAAAAAUUUCUGGGCCAAAGAUUUCAAUGCCGGAUGUGGACUUCAAUCUGAAAGGGCCAAAGCUGAAAGGAGACAUGGAUGUGUCAGUACCAAAAUUGGAAGGUGAUCUUAAAGCACCAAAAGUUGAUAUUGAAGGCCCAGAUGUUGACAUUGGAGGGCCAGAAGGAGGGUUCAAGAUGCCCAAGAUUAAUUUGCCCAAAUUUGGCCAUAAAGGUCCCAAGUUAGAGGGUCCAGAUGUUGACGUUAACCUUCCCAAAGCCGAUGUUGAUAUUGAAGGUCCCGAAGUUGAUAUUGAAGGACCUGAUGGAAAAAUCAAGGGGCCGAAAUUCAGGAUGCCAAAAAUUUCUGGGCCAAAGAUUUCGAUGCCGGAUGUGGACUUCAACCUGAAAGGGCCAAAGCUGAAAGGAGACAUGGAUGUGUCAGUACCAAAAUUGGAAGGUGAUCUUAAAGCACCAAAAGUUGACAUUGAAGGCCCAGAUGUUGACAUUGGACGGCCAGAAGGAGGGUUCAAGAUGCCCACGAUUCAUAUGCCCAAGUUUGGCUUUAAAGGUCCCAAGUUAGAGGGUCCAGAUGUUGAUGUGAAUCUUCCCAAAGCCGAUGUUCAUAUUGAAUGUCCCGAAGUUGAUAUUGAAGGACCUGAUGGAAAAAUCAAGGGGCCAAAAUUCAAGAUGCCAAAAAUUUCUGGGCCAAAGAUUUCAAUGCCGGAUAUGGACUUCAACCUGAAAGGGCCAAAGCUGAAAGGAGACAUGGAUGUGUCAGUACCAAAAUUGGAAGGUGAUCUUAAAGCACCAAAAGUUGAUAUUGAAGGCCCAGAUGUUGACAUUGGAGGGCCAGAAGGAGGGUUCAAGAUGCCCAAGAUUCAUUUGCCCAAGUUUGGCCAUAAAGGUCCCAAGUUAGAGGGUCCAGAUGUUGACGUUAACCUUCCCAAAGCCGAUGUUGAUAUUGAAGGUCCCGAAGUUGAUAUUGAAGGACCUGAUGGAAAAAUCAAGGGGCCGAAAUUCAGGAUGCCAAAAAUUUCUGGGCCAAAGAUUUCGAUGCCGGAUGUGGACUUCAACCUGAAAGGGCCAAAGCUGAAAGGAGACAUGGAUGUGUCAGUACCAAAAUUGGAAGGUGAUCUUAAAGCACCAAAAGUUGACAUUGAAGGCCCAGAUGUUGACAUUGGACGGCCAGAAGGAGGGUUCAAGAUGCCCACGAUUCAUAUGCCCAAGUUUGGCUUUAAAGGUCCCAAGUUAGAGGGUCCAGAUGUUGAUGUGAAUCUUCCCAAAGCCGAUGUUGAUAUUGAAUGUCCCGAAGUUGAUAUUGAAGGACCUGAUGGAAAAAUCAAGGGGCCAAAAUUCAAGAUGCCAAAAAUUUCUGGGCCAAAGAUUUCAAUGCCGGAUAUGGACUUCAACCUGAAAGGGCCAAAGCUGAAAGGAGACAUGGAUGUGUCAGUACCAAAAUUGGAAGGUGAUCUUAAAGCACCAAAAGUUGAUAUUGAAGGCCCAGAUGUUGACAUUGGAGGGCCAGAAGGAGGGUUCAAGAUGCCCAAGAUUCAUUUGCCCAAGUUUGGCCAUAAAGGUCCCAAGUUAGAGGGUCCAGAUGUUGAUGUGAAUCUUCCCAAAGCCGAUGUUGAUAUUGAAUGUCCCGAAGUUGAUAUUGAAGGACCUGAUGGAAAAAUCAAGGGGCCGAAAUUCAAGAUGCCAAAAAUUUCUGGGCCAAAGAUUUCAAUGCCGGAUGUGGACUUCAAUCUGAAAGGGCCAAAGCUGAAAGGAGACAUGGAUGUGUCAGUACCAAAAUUGGAAGGUGAUCUUAAAGCACCAAAAGUUGAUAUUGAAGGCCCAGAUGUUGACAUUGGAGGGCCAGAAGGAGGGUUCAAGAUGCCCAAGAUUCCUAUGCCCAAGUUUGGCUUUAAAGGUCCCAAGUUAGAGGGUCCAGAUGUUGAUGUGAAUCUUCCCAAAGCCGAUGUUGAUAUUGAAUGUCCCGAAGUUGAUAUUGAAGGACCUGAUGGAAAAAUCAAGGGGCCAAAAUUCAAGAUGCCAAAAAUUUCUGGGCCAAAGAUUUCAAUGCCGGAUAUGGACUUCAACCUGAAAGGGCCAAAGCUGAAAGGAGACAUGGAUGUGUCAGUACCAAAAUUGGAAGGUGAUCUUAAAGCACCAAAAGUUGACAUUGAAGGCCCAGAUGUUGACAUUGGAGGGCCAGAAGGAGGGUUCAAGAUGCCCAAGAUUCAUUUGCCCAAGUUUGGCCAUAAAGGUCCCAAGUUAGAGGGUCCAGAUGUUGACGUUAACCUUCCCAAAGCCGAUGUUGAUAUUGAAGGUCCCGAAGUUGAUAUUGAAGGACCUGAUGGAAAAAUCAAGGGGCCGAAAUUCAAGAUGCCAAAAAUUUCUGGGCCAAAGAUUUCAAUGCCGGAUGUGGACUUCAACCUGAAAGGGCCAAAGCUGAAAGGAGACAUGGAUGUGUCAGUACCAAAAUUGGAAGGUGAUCUUAAAGCACCAAAAGUUGACAUUGAAGGCCCAGAUGUUGACAUUGGACGGCCAGAAGGAGGGUUCAAGAUGCCCACGAUUCAUAUGCCCAAGUUUGGUUUUAAAGGUCCCAAGUUAGAGGGUCCAGAUGUUGAUGUGAAUCUUCCCAAAGCCGAUGUUGAUAUUGAAUGUCCCGAAGUUGAUAUUGAAGGACCUGAUGGAAAAAUCAAGGGGCCGAAAUUCAAGAUGCCAAAAAUUUCUGGGCCAAAGAUUUCAAUGCCGGAUGUGGACUUCAAUCUGAAAGGGCCAAAGCUGAAAGGAGACAUGGAUGUGUCAGUACCAAAAUUGGAAGGUGAUCUUAAAGCACCAAAAGUUGACAUUGAAGGCCCAGAUGUUGACAUCGAAGGUCCAGAAGGUGGGUUCAAGAUGCCCAAGAUUCAGAUGCCAAAAUUUGGCUUUAAAGGACCUAAAGUACGGGGUCCAGAUGUUGACGUGAAUCUUCCCAAAGCCGAUGUUGAUAUUGAAGGUCCCGAAGUUGAUAUUGAAGGACCUGAUGGGAAAAUCAAGGGGCCGAAAUUCAAGAUGCCAAAAAUUUCUGGGCCAAAGAUUUCAAUGCCGGAUGUGGACUUCAACCUGAAAGGGCCAAAGCUGAAAGGAGACAUGGAUGUAUCAGUACCAAAAUUGGAAGGUGAUCUUAAAGCACCAAAAGUUGAUAUUGAAGGCCCAGAUGUUGACAUUGGAGGGCCAGAAGGAGGGUUCAAGAUGCCCACGAUUCAUAUGCCUAAGUUUGGCCUCAAAGGUCCCAAGUUGGAGGGUCCAGAUGUUGACGUGAAUCUUCCCAAAGCCGAUGUUGAUAUUGAAGGUCCCGAAGUUGAUAUUGAAGGACCUGAUGGAAAAAUCAAGGGGCCGAAAUUCAAGAUGCCAAAAAUUUCUGGGCCAAAGAUUUCAAUGCCGGAUGUGGACUUCAACCUGAAAGGGCCAAAGCUGAAAGGAGACAUGGAUGUAUCAGUACCAAAAUUGGAAGGUGAUCUUAAAACACCAAAAGUUGAUAUUGAAGGUCCCGAAGUUGAUAUUGAAGGACCUGAUGGAAAAAUCAAGGGGCCGAAAUUCAAGAUGCCAAAAAUUUCUGGGCCAAAGAUUUCAAUGCCGGAUGUGGACUUCAACCUGAAAGGGCCAAAGCUGAAAGGAGACAUGGAUGUGUCUGUACCAAAAUUGGAAGGUGAUCUUAAAGCACCAAAAGUUGACAUUGAAGGCCCAAAUGUUGACAUUGAAGGUCCAGAAGGUGGGUUCAAGAUGCCCAAGAUUCAGAUGCCGAAAUUUGGCUUUAAAGGACCUAAAGUACGGGGUCCAGAUGUUGACGUGAAUCUUCCCAAAGCCGAUGUUGAUAUUGAAGGUCCCGAAGUUGAUAUUGAAGGACCUGAUGGGAAAAUCAAGGGGCCGAAAUUCAAGAUGCCAAAAAUUUCUGGGCCAAAGAUUUCAAUGCCGGAUGUGGACUUCAACCUGAAAGGGCCAAAGCUGAAAGGAGACAUGGAUGUGUCAGUACCAAAAUUGGAAGGUGAUCUUAAAGCACCAAAAGUUGACAUUGAAGGCCCAAAUGUUGACAUUGAAGGUCCAGAAGGUGGGUUCAAGAUGCCCAAGAUUCAGAUGCCGAAAUUUGGCUUUAAAGGACCUAAAGUACGGGGUCCAGAUGUUGACGUGAAUCUUCCCAAAGCCGAUGUUGAUAUUGAAGGUCCCGAAGUUGAUAUUGAAGGACCUGAUGGAAAAAUCAAGGGGCCGAAAUUCAAGAUGCCAAAAAUUUCUGGGCCAAAGAUUUCAAUGCCGGAUGUGGACUUCAAUCUGAAAGGGCCAAAGCUGAAAGGAGACAUGGAUGUGUCAGUACCAAAAUUGGAAGGUGAUCUUAAAGCACCAAAAGUUGACAUUGAAGGCCCAGAUGUUGACAUUGGACGGCCAGAAGGAGGGUUCAAGAUGCCCACGAUUCAUAUGCCCAAGUUUGGCUUUAAAGGUCCCAAGUUAGAGGGUCCAGAUGUUGAUGUGAAUCUUCCCAAAGCCGAUGUUGAUAUUGAAGGUCCCGAAGUUGAUAUUGAAGGACCUGAUGGAAAAAUCAAGGGGCCGAAAUUCAAGAUGCCAAAAAUUUCUGGGCCAAAGAUUUCAAUGCCGGAUGUGGACUUCAAUCUGAAAGGGCCAAAGCUGAAAGGAGACAUGGAUGUGUCAGUACCAAAAUUGGAAGGUGAUCUUAAAGCACCAAAAGUUGACAUUGAAGGCCCAGAUGUUGACAUUGGACGGCCAGAAGGAGGGUUCAAGAUGCCCACGAUUCAUAUGCCCAAGUUUGGCUUUAAAGGUCCCAAGUUAGAGGGUCCAGAUGUUGAUGUGAAUCUUCCCAAAGCCGAUGUUGAUAUUGAAGGUCCCGAAGUUGAUAUUGAAGGACCUGAUGGAAAAAUCAAGGGGCCGAAAUUCAAGAUGCCAAAAAUUUCUGGGCCAAAGAUUUCAAUGCCGGAUGUGGACUUCAACCUGAAAGGGCCAAAGCUGAAAGGAGACAUGGAUGUGUCAGUACCAAAAUUGGAAGGUGAUCUUAAAGCACCAAAAGUUGACAUUGAAGGCCCUGAUGUUGACAUUGGAGGGCCAGAAGGAGGGUUCAAGAUGCCCUCGAUUCAUAUGCCCAAGUUUGGCUUUAAAGGUCCCAAGUUAGAGGGUCCAGAUGUUGAUGUGAAUCUUCCCAAAGCCGAUGUUGAUAUUGAAGGUCCCGAAGUUGAUAUUGAAGGACCUGAUGGAAAAAUCAAGGGGCCGAAAUUCAAGAUGCCAAAAAUUUCUGGGCCAAAGAUUUCAAUGCCGGAUGUGGACUUCAACCUGAAAGGGCCAAAGCUGAAAGGAGACAUGGAUGUGUCAGUACCAAAAUUGGAAGGUGAUCUUAAAGCACCAAAAGUUGACAUUGAAGGCCCAGAUGUUGACAUUGGAGGGCCAGAAGGAGGGUUCAAGAUGCCCAAGAUUCCUAUGCCCAAGUUUGGCUUUAAAGGUCCCAAGUUAGAGGGUCCUGAUGUCGACGUGAAUCUUCCCAAAGCCGAUGUUGAUAUUGAAGGUCCCGAAGUUGAUAUUGAAGGACCUGAUGGAAAAAUCAAGGGGCCGAAAUUCAAGAUGCCAAAAAUUUCUGGGCCAAAGAUUUCAAUGCCGGAUGUGGACUUCAACCUGAAAGGGCCAAAGCUGAAAGGAGACAUGGAUGUAUCAGUACCAAAAUUGGAAGGUGAUCUUAAAGCACCAAAAGUUGAUAUUGAAGGCCCAGAUGUUGACAUUGGAGGGCCAGAAGGAGGGUUCAAGAUGCCCAAGAUUCAUUUGCCCAAGUUUGGCCAUAAAGGUCCCAAGUUAGAGGGUCCAGAUGUUGACGUUAACCUUCCCAAAGCCAAUGUUGAUAUUGAAGGUCCCGAAGUUGAUAUUGAAGGACCUGAUGGAAAAAUCAAGGGGCCGAAAUUCAAGAUGCCAAAAAUUUCUGGGCCAAAGAUUUCAAUGCCGGAUAUGGACUUCAACCUGAAAGGGCCAAAGCUGAAAGGAGACAUGGAUGUAUCAGUACCAAAAUUGGAAGGUGAUCUUAAAGCACCAAAAGUUGAUAUUGAAGGCCCAGAUGUUGACAUUGAAGGGCCGGAAGGAGGGUUCAAGAUGCCCAAGAUUGAGAUGCCGAAAUUUGGCUUUAAAGGACCUAAAGUACGGGGUCCAGAUGUUGACGUGAAUCUUCCCAAAGCCGAUGUUGAUAUUGAAGGUCCCGAAGUUGAUAUUGAAGGACCUGAUGGAAAAAUCAAGGGGCCGAAAUUCAAGAUGCCCAAAAUUUCUGGGCCAAAGAUUUCAAUGCCGGAUGUGGACUUCAACCUGAAAGGGCCAAAGCUGAAAGGAGACAUGGAUGUAUCAGUACCAAAAUUGGAAGGUGAUCUUAAAGCACCGAAAGUUGACAUUGAAGGCCCAGAUGUUGACAUUGGAGGGCCAGGAGUAGGGUUCAAGAUGCCCAAGAUUCCUAUGCCCAAGUUUGGCUUUAAAGGUCCCAAGUUAGAGGGUCCAGAUGUCGACGUGAAUCUUCCCGAAGCCGAUGUUGAUAUUGAAUGUCCCGAAGUUGAUAUUCAAGGACCUGAUGGAAAAAUCAAGGGGCCGAAAUUCAAGAUGCCAAAAAUUUCUGGGCCAAAGAUUUCAAUGCCGGAUGUGGACUUCAACCUGAAAGGGCCAAAAGUGAAGGGAGACAUGGAUGUAUCAGUACCAAAAUUGGAAGGUGAUCUUAAAGCACCAAAAGUUGACAUUGAAGUCCAGAAUGUAAGAAUGCAGGGACCUGACCUUGAUGUUCGUGGUCCUGAUGGUAAAAUCAAGGGACCUAACUUGAAGAUGCCAAGCAUUUCUGGUCCAAAGUUAUCAAUGCCGGACCUGGAUUUAAACCUAAAAGGACCAAAGCUGAAAGGGGAUGUUGAUGUUUCUGUUCCAAAAAUUGAAGGUGAUAUUAAGGGUGCACAUAUUGAUGUCAAAAGUCCAGACAUGGAUCUGAAAGGUUCUGAGGGACGUUUUAAAAUGCCCAAGUUUAAGUUGCCAAAGUUUAGCUUUAAAGGUCCAAAAGUUGAAUCUCCAGAUGCAGGUUUUAAUGUACCCAAAGGUGGAUUUGAAGUUAAAUCUCCCACGGUUGACAUUGAAGGUACUGAUGCUGAUUUGGGAAGUCCUGAAGGUAAAAUAAAGGGACCUAAAUUUAGGAUGCCAUCCAUUUCAGCACCCAAAAUUUCAAUGCCAGAUGUGGACCUGAAUCUAAAAGAACCCAAAAUAAAAGGAGAUAUGGAUAUGUCUGUUACAAAGGUGGAAGGUGACAUCAAGGUACCAAAAGUUGACAUUGAAGGGCCAGAAGGUGGGUUCAAGAUGCCCAAGAUUGAGAUGCCGAAAUUUGGCUUUAAAGGACCUAAAGUACGGGGUCCAGAUGUUGACGUGAAUCUUCCCAAAGCCGAUGUUGAUAUUGAAGGUCCCGAAGUUGAUAUUGAAGGACCUGAUGGAAAAAUCAAGGGGCCGAAAUUCAAGAUGCCAAAAAUUUCUGGGCCAAAGAUUUCAAUGCCGGAUGUGGACUUCAACCUGAAAGGGCCAAAGCUGAAAGGAGACAUGGAUGUGUCAGUACCAAAAUUGGAAGGUGAUCUUAAAGCACCAAAAGUUAACAUUGAAGGCCCAGAUGUUGACAUUGAAGGGCCAGAAGGUGGGUUCAAGAUGCCCAGGAUUGAGAUGCCGAAAUUUGGCUUCAAAGGACCUAAAGUAGAGGGUCCAGAUGUUGACGUGAAUCUUCCCAAAGCCAAUGUUGAUAUUGAAGGUCCCGAAGUUGAUAUUGAAGGACCUGAUGGAAAAAUCAAGGGGCCGAAAUUCAAGAUGCCAAAAAUUUCUGGGCCAAAGAUUUCAAUGCCGGAUGUGGACUUCAACCUGAAAGGGCCAAAGCUGAAAGGAGACAUGGAUGUGUCAGUACCAAAAUUGGAAGGUGAUCUUAAAGCACCAAAAGUUGACAUUGAAGGCCCAGAUGUUGACAUUGAAGGUCCAGAAGGUGGGUUCAAGAUGCCCAAGAUUCAGAUGCCGAAAUUUGGCUUCAAAGGACCUAAAGUAGAGGGUCCAGAUGUUGACGUGAAUCUUCCCAAAGCCGAUGUUGAUAUUGAAGGUCCCGAAGUUGAUAUUGAAGGACCUGAUGGAAAAAUCAAGGGGCCAAAAUUCAAGAUGCCAAAAAUUUCUGGGCCAAAGAUUUCAAUGCCGGAUAUGGACUUCAACCUGAAAGGGCCAAAGCUGAAAGGAGACAUGGAUGUGUCAGUACCAAAAUUGGAAGGUGAUCUUAAAGCACCAAAAGUUGACAUUGAAGGCCCAGAUGUUGACAUUGGAGGGCCAGAAGGAGGGUUCAAGAUGCCCAAGAUUCAUUUGCCCAAGUUUGGCCAUAAAGGUCCCAAGUUAGAGGGUCCAGAUGUUGACGUGAAUCUUCCCAAGGCCGAUGUUGAUAUUGAAGGUCCCGAAGUUGAUAUUGAAGGACCUGAUGGAAAAAUCAAGGGGCCGAAAUUCAAGAUGCCAAAAAUUUCUGGGCCAAAGAUUUCAAUGCCGGAUAUGGACUUCAACCUGAAAGGGCCAAAGCUGAAAGGAGACAUGGAUGUGUCAGUACCAAAAUUGGAAGGUGAUCUUAAAGCACCAAAAGUUGACAUUGAAGGCCCAGAUGUUGACAUUGGAGGGCCAGAAGGAGGGUUCAAGAUGCCCAAGAUUCAUUUGCCCAAGUUUGGCCAUAAAGGUCCCAAGUUAGAGGGUCCAGAUGUUGACGUGAAUCUUCCCAAGGCCGAUUUUGAUAUUGAAGGUCCCGAAGUUGAUAUUGAAGGACCUGAUGGAAAAAUCAAGGGGCCGAAAUUCAAGAUGCCAAAAAUUUCUGGGCCAAAGAUUUCAAUGCCGGAUAUGGACUUCAACCUGAAAGGGCCAAAGCUGAAAGGAGACAUGGAUGUGUCAGUACCAAAAUUGGAAGGUGAUCUUAAAGCACCAAAAGUUGACAUUGAAGGCCCAGAUGUUGACAUUGAAGGUCCAGAAGGUGGGUUCAAGAUGCCCAAGAUUCAGAUGCCGAAAUUUGGCUUUAAAGGACCUAAAGUACGGGGUCCAGAUGUUGACGUGAAUCUUCCCAAAGCCGAUAUUGAUAUUGAAGGUCCCGAAGUUGAUAUUGAAGGACCUGAUGGAAAAAUCAAGGGACCGAAAUUCAAGAUGCCAAAAAUUUCUGGGCCAAAGAUUUCAAUGCCGGAUAUGGACUUCAACCUGAAAGGGCCAAAAGUGAAGGGAGACAUGGAUGUAUCAGUACCAAAAUUGGAAGGUGAUCUUAAAGCACCAAAAGUUGACAUUGAAGGCCCAGAUGUUGAUAUUGGAGGGCCAGGAGGUGGGUUCAAGAUGCCCAAGAUUGAGAUGCCGAAAUUUGGCUUCAAAGGACCUAAAGUAGAGGGUCCAGAUGUUGACGUGAAUCUUCCCAAAGCCGAUGUUGAUAUUGAAGGUCCCGAAGUUGAUAUUGAAGGACCUGAUGGAAAAAUCAAGGGGCCGAAAUUCAAGAUGCCAAAAAUAUCUGGGCCAAAGAUUUCAAUGCCGGAUAUGGACUUCAACCUCAAAGGGCCAAAGCUGAAAGGAGACAUGGAUGUGUCAGUACCAAAAUUGGAAGGUGAUCUUAAAGCACCAAAAGUUGACAUUGAAGGACCUGAUGGAAAAAUCAAGGGGCCGAAAUUCAAGAUGCCAAAAAUUUCUGGGCCAAAGAUUUCAAUGCCGGAUAUGGACUUCAACCUGAAAGGGCCAAAGCUGAAAGGAGACAUGGAUGUGUCAGUACCAAAAUUGGAAGGUGAUCUUAAAGCACCAAAAGUUGACAUUGAAGGCCCCGAUGUUGAUAUUGAAGGUCCCGAAGUUGAUAUUGAAGGACCUGAUGGAAAAAUCAAGGGGCCGAAAUUCAAGAUGCCAAAAAUUUCUGGGCCAAAGAUUUCAAUGCCGGAUGUGGACUUCAACCUGAAAGGGCCAAAGCUGAAAGGAGACAUGGAUGUCUCAGUACCAAAAUUGGAAGGUGAUCUUAAAGCACCAAAAGUUGACAUUGAAGGCCCAGAUGUUGACAUUGAAGGUCCAGAAGGUGGAUUCAAGAUGCCCAAGAUUCAGAUGCCGAAAUUUGGCUUUAAAGGAUCUAAAGUACGGGGUCCAGAUGUUGACGUGAAUCUUCCCAAAGCCGAUAUUGAUAUUGAAGGUCCCGAAGUUGAUAUUGAAGGACCUGAUGGAAAAAUCAAGGGGCCGAAAUUCAAGAUGCCAAAAAUUUCUGGGCCAAAGAUUUCAAUGCCGGAUAUGGACUUCAACCUGAAAGGGCCAAAAGUGAAGGGAGACAUGGAUGUAUCAGUACCAAAAUUGGAAGGUGAUCUUAAAGCACCAAAAGUUGACAUUGAAGGCCCAGAUGUUGACAUUGGAGGGCCAGGAGGUGGGUUCAAGAUGCCCAAGAUUGAGAUGCCGAAAUUUGGCUUCAAAGGACCUAAAGUAGAGGGUCCAGAUGUUGACGUGAAUCUUCCCAAGGCCGAUGUUGAUAUUGAAGGUCCCGAAGUUGAUAUUGAAGGACCUGAUGGAAAAAUCAAGGGGCCGAAAUUCAAGAUGCCAAAAAUUUCUGGGCCAAAGAUUUCAAUGCCGGAUAUGGACUUCAACCUGAAAGGGCCAAAGCUGAAAGGAGACAUGGAUGUGUCAGUACCAAAAUUGGAAGGUGAUCUUAAAGCACCAAAAGUUGACAUUGAAGGCCCAGAUGUUGACAUUGGAGGGCCAGAAGGAGGGUUCAAGAUGCCCAAGAUCAAGAUGCCCAAAUUUGAGCUCAAAGGACCCAAAGUACAGGGUCCUGAUGUUGAUAUGAACUUACCAAAAGCUGACUUUGACAUUAAGGGGCCUAAAGUUGAUGUUGAAGGUGCAGAAUUUGAUGUUGAGGGUCCUGAUGGAAAAAUCAAGGGACCUAAAUUGAAAAUGCCAAAAAUUUCUGGUCCCAAUAUUAAUUUGCCUGACUUCAAUCUGAAAGGCCCCAAAAUAGAAGGUGACCUGAAAGGACCAAAAGUAAAUAUCAGUGCUCCUGAAGUUGACAUUGGUGCUCCCGAUAUCAAUAUCAAAGGUGGAAAAGUCAAAGGACCCAAAAUGGAAAUGCCUAAGUUGUCUGGACCUAACAUAAAAAUCCCUGAUGUUGACUAUAACUUGAAAGGUUCAACGGUUGAAGGUGGCAUCACAGGACCCGAGAUGAACAUUGAGGGGCCUGAUGUGCAAAGGCCAGAAGCUGGAAUAAAGAUGCCCAAAAUCAAAAUUCCUCAAUUUGGUGUAAAAGGUCCCAAAUUUGAGGGUCCUGAAGUUGAUGUUAGUGUCCCCAAAACUGAUAUUGGCAUCAAAACAGAUGUUAAACUCCCAGAAGCAGAUGUUAGUCUUGAUCUUCCUGACACUGAUGUUAAUGUCAAAGGAAAGAAAAGCAAAUUCAAAAUUCCAAAAAUUAAGGGGAAGGUAAAGAAGCCAGAUGUUGGCACAGGUCUCAAAUCUCCUGACAUAGAUUUGGACACUCACUCACCAGAUAUUCAUGUAAAAGGCCCUAAGGUAAAGAAGCCAUUGUUUGGGAUGUUGCAUUUCCCUGAUGUGGAGCUUGAUAUUAAAUCCCCAAAGAUUAAGGGUGAUGGCACUGUUUCAGAUUCCUUGAAAACGCCAAAUUUGGAUCUUCCAUCUGCCAAAGCUGACAUUAAAACUCCUGUUGUUGACAUACCUGAAGUUAAUGUUGAGGGUCCAGAUGUAAAAAUGAAAAAGUCCAAAAUCAAAAUGCCUAAAUUCAAUAUUUCAGGCCCUAAACUUAAAACUCCUGACAUUGACAUCAAAGGUCCUGGUCUUCAUGCACCUGAUGUAAAUGUUUCUGUGCCUGAUGUUGAUGUCAAAGGCCCUGAUAUGAAAACUAAAGUUAAACUUGAGGGACCAGAAGGAAAAUUAAUGGGUCCCUCUUUAAACAUUGAAACAUCUAAAAUUGCUGCUCCUGAUUUCUCUUUGAAAGGAACUAAAGUAAAGGGAGACCUGGAUAUAUCUGGUGAAAUUAAAGGGCCAUCUGUGGAAGGACCAGAUAUACACCUCGAAGGCCCUGAUGGCAAGAUGAAGGGCCCUACAUUUAACAUACCAACUGUUGGGAAGGCUACAGGCCCCACAAUUAAAAUGCCUACUAUAUCUGGUCCAGGAAUUUCUGUACCAGAUGUGGACCUCAAGCUGAAAGGUCCAAAAGUAAAAGGAGAUGUGGAUAUGCCCGUUCCAACAGUCAGAGGUGACAUGAAGUCACCAAAAGUUGAAAUUGAGGGUCCAGCUAUUGACACUGAAGGUGUCGAAGGUGGAUUCAAGAUGCCUAAGAUAAAAAUGCCCAGAUUUGGUCUGAAAGAACCUAAUGUUGCAAGUCCCAAUGUUGACAUCAACUUAAAAACAGCUGACAUUGACAUCAAAGGGCCUGAAGUUAAUAUUGAAGGUCCGGUACUUCAUGUUGAGGGUCAUGAAGAAAACAUCAAAGGACCUAAAUUGAAGAUGCCAUCCACUUCUGUGCCAAUGCCUGAUGUAGAUUUUAACUUGAAAGCGCCAAAAUUUUCUGAAGGGAAUCUUAAUGUCAAAGCUGAGGCAGGGGAGCAUGCAGAAAUGUCAUCAGUCACCAUUCCAAAAACCAAAGUCCCAAAGUUUGGAAUUGCUCUGCCCAAACUUGAAGGGCCAGAAGUAGGAGUAGACAUUGGUUCAGGUGGGGCAGUUGGUGGAGGUUCUGUUAGCAUGCAGGCUUCUGGAGCUAGCACCACGUUAAGCUCUCAAAGCCUUGAAUUAGAGGGUCCUGAGCUAAAAACUGGUGGUGGAAAAACAAAAGUCAAGUUGCCCAAGUUGUUUGGCAAGUCAAAAAGCAAGGGCGGCAGUGCAGCAGAUCUGAGUCUUCAGGGACCGAGUGUAGAAGUGUCUAGUGGUGGUGGUGUAAAAGGUUCCAAAGGGCUGAGUGUAAGUUCUGGCGAAUUGCCUGGCAAGAGUGCAAUUGAGGGAGGUCCUGGCAUCAUUGUGUCACCUAAAACCAAGUCUGCAUCGCUAGACCUGUUCAAAAAAUCCCGACAUCGAUCAUCCUCCUUGAGUGACGAGGGAGGACUGGCUUCUCCUUCCUCUCCCGGUGGUCAUCUCCAAGCAGAGGGGGGAGCCUCCCUGGAGGGCGGGGAGGUUAAGGUCAAGGGUAAAAAAGGAAAGCUGAAGUUUGGCACGUUUGGUGGCUUUGGCUCCAAGUCGAAAGGCUCAUAUGAAGUGUCCCUGGGUGAAGAAGCUGAAGCUCAGGUAGAGGGAAGUGGUGGAGUUUCUUUGCCCUCCAAGAAGUCUCGGGUUUCUUCAUCAUCCAGUGGUGAUAGUGCGGCGAAGGGAGGUUUUCGUUUUCCACGUGUUGAACUUUCAGUGUCACCAAAGAAAUAAUCUAAUGAGCCUUGUCUCCAUUCCUUUCUUUUCCAAGCCAUUUUCUUCAUUCUAUCUGUAUGACUCGGCCCAUCUCCAACCCUGACUCUUAUCAAUUUUAAGUUUAAAGAACAACAACUUGAUUUUCAAAAUGUACAUCUCCAGUACACUGAUGCACUGCUAGGGAAGCGCAAAGGUAAUUUAAAAGACACUGGAGUAAAUUUUGCAGUUUUGAAAAUCAUCCUUUAAGUGUAAAUAAGAAAUUGAACCUGUUUUGUAUUUUUUUUGUAUAUAAUCACGUUUGUUUAGCGUAUGCUGUCUUAGAUUGUGACCCUUCCCAGACACAGUGCCUUAAGUACAAAUGUUAAUAGUAAAGGAAUUCUUCAAAUCUUUUAAAACUUUUCCUAGUAGGCGUGGUAUUUUUUAUCUUAAUGUAAUAAAAAUGAGGAAUUUCAAAGUCUGCAAAAGUUCAUGAUUCAGAAUGUUUAAUAAAGGAUUGUGUAUACUUUAUACCAUUAAUCAGAAAACAACUGUUAUCGAUAUAUAUAUUUUAACAAAAGAUUGAUUUGCUUUUGUUUUGGAGCUUAAUAUAAUCCGUGCUGCAAAAAUGUAUACUUCUCAUUGAUCUGACCUUUUUACAUUUUCCAUAGAAUCGAGCAUCAUUGCUGGUAGAGACCAUAGCUGCAGUGAGCAUCAAUGUAUUUGUAUAAAUUAUAAUGAACUGCUGUUUUGACCUGAGUUACACUAGAAUACUGCCCAAAUCCUUAUUGGUAGCUGCUUCAUAAUAUACUCUAACCAAUUUAGCUGAAUACAGAGUGUACAGCUGCAGUCAAAAGUAGAGCAAAAGCAGAUUCUUUGGUUGCACUGUUACGCAGAAGAAAAUGGCAGUAUCCUGUUGUGACAGAAAGGUGGCUUCAAUGAUCAUUUGUAUUGUAUAUUUUUUGUAUCAUGUGAUGAAAAAUACACAUAUUUGCCUUUUAUAAUUUGCCUUUUUUGGCUAAGAAAUUGACAGCAUAUCAUAGCUCCCAUUGUCUCUGUUUCAUAAUACUUGGUCUUAUUGUAAUGCCUACUGAGAAAUUGUCAAAUGUGAUGAAAUCCUGACGCGAUGACAAUGGUUAGCCAAACUUGCAUGGAUUUGCAGUUUGAAUGAAUGUUUUGUAAUUAUUGUCCCCGGCUUGCAACCCUAACUCCACAUCUGAGCACCUUACCAUGCUGAGCUAAAUAUCUCUGUUUGUCUCUCUCUCUCUCUCUCCCUCGGUAAAUAGAUAUGUUGAUAUAUGGGGAUGGCGGAGUGGGGACUUUGCUAGCUGUUGUGACAAAAGAGCCAUGCUGUAAUGCCACUGAUGGAUAAUGACUUUUCUGUAAUGGUCUUUUAAGUCAUUACAUUAGCCUUGGGGAAAAAUAUGUGAAAAGAGAUGGUAUUUUCUAACAUCCUUUGGUGUAUUUAGUGACAUUGGGAUCUAGAUGCGUCUGUUUAUCUUUCUUGCUGGUAUGUUUUUUUUUUUUUUUGUUUUUUUUUUAAAUUUUGUUAAUGUUCUGUUUCAACUACAAAACAAACCACAAAUAAACUGUUCAAUUAACCUUAA